UAUGAUUCGAAGCGGUUUUAGCGAAAUCCAACAGCGCAGAAAGGACAACAAGAGAAGAAGCCAAACAAACAACCGAGCCAAACCUCUCUCCAUCAGCGUCACGGCGCAUGCGAAGAUGGAGCCAACCACCACAGCAGGCUUCCUGGAGAAGCUGGGAGCGGUUGGCAUCAAGUCGUGGCGUCUGCGAUGGUUUGUCUUGGACCACACCCGCUGCCUCGCAUUUUACUAUGACUCCCCAAAGAAGGCGCCACAAGACUUCAAAGGCUUCAUCGAUUUAACGCAGGCAUCGUUUGAGUUUGACCUCACCGACAUCGACCCAGAGCAAGGCACUUUCAAAAUCACGACGUUCGCGCGUGAAUAUCUGCUGCGGGCGAGUUGUCGUCAGCAGAUGCUGGAGUGGAUCGACGCCAUGCAGACGGCCCGCCGUACGUUCCUCCAGCGCAGCGCCGCCGCCGUCAUCGCCGCGCGCAUGUGUCCGCGGACGGGACACGAGGGCGCCGACCCGCCCAUCAUCGAACAAGCGCGUGUGUCACUCACUGUUCCCCGGCCGCGUGUCAACAACAUCGUCGUCUUCGUCACUGCCACCGCCAUCACCAUCACCAGCACGGCAACGCCAGGCACCUGCACGCACCACCAGCACUCCGUCGCCUCCACCUCAAACGCAGCAAACCACAACGCUGCAGGUAGACAGUGCAUCGAGUGCCCACAACAACGACAACGACGACAAUAGCGACAUCACAGCCACAGGCAGGAUAAGUGAUGGUGGUGGUGGCGAUGAUGGUGAAAGCAGUGACGAUGAUGAAAGGGAGAGCAGCAAACCGCGAGCGCUCUCUCCCGUGGCGGAACUGGCAGCAGCCACGACAGCUGCACGUGACGGUGACGGUGAUGGUGAGCCUGGUGCAGGUGGUACGAGUUAUGUUAAGCAAUGUGAUGAUGACAACGGAGGAGGGGAGAGGCACAAUGUCACUACGACUGUGUCAUCCACCACAACGCAGACACCCCCGCACGUACGACAACAACAACACCAACACCAACAACACCAACAACAACAACACCAACAACAACAACAACAACAACAA